AUGUCUACUCGCUAUUCAGCAACCUCUUCAGCAGUAACACGCAGCAGCUCUCCUGAUCGACAGGGCUCUCUUUCUGGGUACUGGAGCCCAACAGCCCGAGCUCCAUCUCGAUUGCACAACCGGCAGUACUUUACCCCGCAUGACAUCAACACUGCGCCUCCCAAGACACAUAGCACAGGGCUGGCUAGUGAGGCGCGCUCACUGAGCGAGCUUACUGCUCAUGACCGCCACGACGUGGGAUACAGUAGCUAUGCACGUUCAGAUGAUUGUCCUUCUCUGGAGCCUUCAUUUCCUACACCACCCGCCAAGUCGCGGUGGUCGCAUUCUGCUUCUAGCAUACAGAGCAUGGAUACCCCGCAGCUCGACCAAAAUUCUGAGACACUCAGUGAAAGCUCCGACUUGGCAGAUGAAAAUGAAAGCGUCAUGAUCAUGGAAUUAUAUCGGAUAUCAUGCAACACAAGAGUGUCGACUCCGACUCUUAUCGAAAUUAUCAACAACCAUGAAACUCAUUCUCAGUAUGAAGAUGCGUGUGCAGAUGCCGACAGAUCAUUUUACAAAAAAGCGAAUAAGAGACAUGGUAUGAUAUUCUCGGAUAUGGAAAUUGGUAGUCUAUAUACAUUGGCGCUCCUGUAA